CUUGUGCCCAGUCCAUCAUCUUCCUUUCCUUCCUGACCGUUGCAACACCCAUACAUACAAUACCUUCAUCUCCUCUCUCCCCAAUCCAUAAUCCCACUCUCGCUCAAUCCCAAGUACGUAGCAAGAUUUAAUCGAAAAUCCGGUAACCGCCGCCCCUAUCUUGUUGUAUUAGUUUCAUCUGGCUUUAGGUUCUUGAUUAUUAUUAUUAUUAGGAGUGGAGAGUCAGAAACCUUGAAAUAAAGGAGCAGAAUGGCGAAUUUAGCCCCUGGGAUAUUGUUGAAGCUAUUGGAUGGGAUGAAAUCCGGGGUGAAGGCAACAAGCGAGCACAGAAGCUCCCUGUUGCAGGUGACCGACAUAGUUCCGGCAGAUCUUGAUGAAAAGGAUCUCUGGCCCAAACACGGGUUCUACAUAAAGGUCUCAGAUUCUUCGCAUUCCAUCUACGUCAGUCUCCCAUUCGAGCAGGACGACCUUGUUCUCAGCAACAAAAUGCAGCUCGGACAGUUCAUAUACGUUGAUCGACUGGAGAAUGGGUCUCCGGUUCCUGUCGUCAAAGGGGCAAAACCAUUGCCGGGGAGACACCCCUUGUUGGGAACUCCAGAACCAUUGAUGGGGUUGAGGGAAAAGGGGGACAAGAGGCGAAACCCUAACUCCUCCUCUGCUCCAAGAAGAGGAUCUUGGGGGACGGGCCAAAAUGGGAAAUCCCCACAGGUUCUGAAACCAAUGCCUCUUGAUUUCGACCAAUGCACGCCUUCGAAAGAGAGACCUUGUACCUCUCUGAAACACGCCUUUCCGAUGUCUCCCGCUGCCUCUGUGGUUCGGGGAAGAGUUGGGAAGGAUGAGGGUGGUGGCUUGAGGUCUUCUGUAGUGGGGGGCGGCCGGUUGAUGUCCAAAUUUGCUGAGAUAAAGGGAGAGGACAGUCCUAGUCUUGUUAGAAGAAGCUAUGCUUCAUUUACACCCACUGCAAAAUUGGGCAGGAGCAGAAGUGUGAGUAGUCGUAUUGGAUCAAGAAUUGCCAAUUGCAGCAGCCCCUUACCAUCAUCUGUAGGAAAAGAAAAUUUUAUCACCGCCACCAAAUUCAAGGAAUGCAAACACGGCAGCAACUUUUCCCAAAUCGUCUACAUUAAUGGAACAACCUCAGCCCAUUGAUUCACCUCUAGAAGAAGACACUAGCGUGCCCAUGAAUUUGCCUGGAAAGUUAAGCCUAUUGGGGAAGGAAGCAGUACAGCAGCACGAAAAAGCACAAAAAAUUGCUCUUCAAGCGCUUAGGGAAGCAACGGCUACAGACAACCUAGUCCGGUCUUUGAAGUAUGAUGAAAACAAAACAAAAUCAAAAUUCUCUAUCUUAAACAUCUUCCUAAAUUUUUCAGGGGAACAAAAGGUUUUCUAUGUGAAGCUGAUGGGGUUUUGUGUGGGUGUUUGGGUGUAGGGCGUUUUCAAAACUGAGCAGAAGCGCAAGAGCAGAAUCCCCAGCAGCCGCGUUCGAUCAGUUUCUGGAGUUUUAUGAGCAGUUAGUUUUAGCCAUAGCAGAAAUGGUGGUGGCAUCAUCAAUUCCAUCAGUAACAGAAAGUGCUGCUCAAAACAAUGGAAAAGACGACAAUGCUGCUUCAGUUUUGCAGGAAAUAGCACUGCCUGAGUCAUCAAAGAGAAGGGCUGCACUUUACAGAUCAAUCGCAUCCUUUCCUACAGAAAGAAGUCUUCGGUCAUCAUCCUGUAAGAAAACAAGAUCGGAGAACGACGAAAACAAGAAGUCUUCCGGGGCUUCUUUUAGUAAUGGUGGUGGUGGUGGGUUAUUACUGUCCAACAACACGAUCAAACUUGGGAAGGAGAUUGAGAACGAAGCAGGAAACUGGUUCAUGGGAUUCCUUGAGAAAGCUCUGGAAAAGGGCGGCCUUAAUAAGAAAACAACUAAGGGGGCUAGUAAAGUUCCUCAGUCACUAUUGCUGAAAGUGAUCAACUGGGUAGAGGUUGAACAAUGUGACUCCAGUAAAAGACCGAUUCACGUUCGAGCAGCAAGCAUAGCGAGGAAGUUAAGGAUUAAGGUGAAGAACCCUUGAGGAUAUUAAUUAUUCAUCAGGAGGAAGGAAUAAUUCUUUCUUGAUUAAUCAAAUUUCAUUCUUGAGUGAACAAUUAUAUCCGAUGUUAUGUCUAUAUAUGUGAUAUGUCCUAUUCUCAUUCUUUUUAGAAGAAACUGAUCAUCUAUCUGCCUCUUCUACUUUUGUGCUUCGUUGUUAUAAUUAAGCCUUGAGAUUCUUCGCUGUUAUGAUUAAGCUCUUGUUUUUUGUCCUGGGAAGAAGAAAAAGAGUUAAAUCCUGUUUGGCU